AUGUCUCACCCUCCACACGCGCUCGCACCCCGCACCGUCGACGUCGACUCUCCCAGCCCCGCUCACUCGUUCUUCUCUCUCGCCGACACGCUCAUUAUGCCGCCUAUGGCAAUGGAACACCGCCAGGUGAGCGUGUUCAUAUUCGUACUCAACUACGUGUCCAAUAAGGUGGAUCAUCUGGCGCAGACCUUGCACCAGAUUAUGCGGGGUCCGUAUAUGGAUAUGGAGGUCGCACUAGUAUGUGAGGCCAUCCAGAACGGCCUUGGAGGUCGCAUCAAGGUGAAGAAGAACAACGGCGGGAGCCUUACGUUCCCCCAUGGCCGCUGUAGGUUCUUACAUAGGACGACCGUGAGUUGGGGCUGGCACCCGGAUCAUGGCGGCGGUGGCAAGGGAAAGGGCAAGAAAAGGUCCGCGAAGGGGAAGGAUUUCCGAUCAGACGUAGUGGCCGCGUUGGGUCGCAAACUCAUCGAGGCGCUUGGCCUGGACAACGUCCAAGGCGGGUUCAACCUCCAGAAGUGGAACCGAAUCUGCGCUCGCAACUGGUACGCGCGGGCGGGCCGGGAGACGCGUCUCCGAGAAAAGCGGGAUGUGAUCGACCCGCACGUCAUCCAGGCACUGUGGGGGUGGCUGUGCCCGAGGAAUACCUCCGCGCAGUCCCCGGCCUUCCGCUCACUCGGCUAUCCGGCCUGCGCGGCGAGCGUGAGGGCUCUCCCUCGACCCCUGCGUCCUUGCAACGUUGCUCCAUUGUCUACGACUCACAUCCACUCGUCGUCCCUCGACACGCUAGCGCGCCUCCGCCGACUCCUAUGCAUCGUGUCCUCGCGCGCGUCCUCCGGGCACGUUGUCCAUCGCGCCUCGCGCGCCAUCGCGCCUCGCACGCCCAUCGCGCCUCGCACGCCCAUCGCGAUCCGCCCGCGUUCACCCCAGGAUCGAUACGGCAGCCUCCGCGUGGAGACGAAACGCAUCUGGACGCGCCGCGCGUUCCCGUUCGCCCUCGAUCUUGCCUUUUCUACGCUCGUCAUCCUCCUCGGUCUCGUCUAA